AUGGCCAGCUUGAACUACAAUGUCGCAGGCGCUGUGACAGGCAUUCUCGGGCUCAUUCUUCCAUUCAUCCUGUUCAUACGGUUUCGCCCACGGCGAAUGCUCCAGGCUCUCGAGGAGAGUCUGUUGUAUCUCGAGAAGGUCUUGGGCGACGGCCGAAGUAACGGUAUAUCCGACGACUGCUUUCACUUUCCCAGGUGGGAUCGUGUACAACAAGAAUAUGAAGAGUGGCACAAGAAACACGCCCGUAUUCUGCGUAGUGAGGUCAAUAGACUCACUUCGUGCUUCUCGGAAGUGGAAGCGAUUGCGCGCGGCUUGACGUACCAGUUGUACGUCCGCCGUCGAAAGGUGCUUUCGACGUUAGCUGAGGUCUCGGCAGCGGAGCUCCGCGAACGACAGCGACAAUUGCAACAUGAAGUGGAUUCUCAAGCUUCAAAUUUGACGUCCAUCGUAGUCGCAGCCCAAACGUCUUCCAUCGACACGGCCGGCGUGAGUGUCCCGUGCAAUCAACCGGAAACCGGCGUGGAGUUACACACGCUACGCCACAGACAUGUAGGAUCGCAUACAGACGUGGAAGAUCCCGUGAGCGUGACCGAGGUCUCAUCCCGAGUGACCGGGAAAGACAUGGUUGUGAGCCACGACGCCGGCAAGCGUGUGGUCGGUAGGGUAAUGGUCAACGACAAGCCGCAUCCAAAGAAGGCCAUCCGCGGUUCGGCGCCGCCAGAGCUGCAAUGGGCUCCACUCCGAGCAACGUUUAACAACGUCGAAUACGUAGUUGACUUGGGCUACAACGCGGAGGCUGUGAAGGAAGCUGCAGAGGCUGCCGCCGGGAUAGCGCAUGCGGAAAUGACAAAGUUCUUGGAGGGUGUGAUGAGGUGAUUAAUGAUGGGUCAUCGCAUGCAAGGCCUCUGGAUUUCAAUAUCGGGACCCGGGAGUGUCUUCACCACCAGCCAGCGUAUACAGUACCUGGCGUAUACUGUAUGUAAGCAGCCCGUACGGAGACUCAUGUAUUUAGUAUCGACAACUUUUGCUCAAGUUCCAUGGUCUGUUGCCUAGGAUUGUUGCCUGCCAAGUCUCACCACAUGUACCAUGUACACCGUCACCCAGUACAUCAGCCAGCCUCUGUCAUCCCGUGGUCCCUGAUAUGAGCUAGCUCGAGGUGCUGGUAUGCAGCAACUGAAGGCGACUGACAUCGGCGUAUGAGGCAAGCCGCAACGUUUGCCUUCUGCGGGAGAGAACGCGAUAUUACUUUGAAAUACAACUCCAGG